AUGGCCUCAGAGCAGGAGACUGAGCCCAAGGCCCCGAGCGAGCCCAGCGAGCGCCUGGAGAGAGCCAAGAAGCUGCGGGAGGAGGGCAACGCCAAGUUCAAGGCCGAGGAUCUGUCGGGGGCGCGGAAGGCCUACAAUGAGGCGCUUGGACUUACCGCCGCGCUACCGGAAGGCCUCAAAGAGGAGGCUGCAUCCUUGCGGCAACCGGUCCAGCUGAACUUGGCACUUGCGUGCCUGCGCCUGGACCAACCCUGCAGAGCCCUGGAGCUGUGCGAGGAGGUUCUUGACACGGAUCCAGACAACCCCAAGGCCACAUACCGAAAGGCGAAGGCUUUGUUGGAAUUGGGGGAAGACAAGGAGGCCGAGUACGAGCUGGUCAGGGCCUGCAAACUGAUGCCCAAGGACGCGGUGGUGCGAAAGGACUUGGAGGCUUUGCGCCAAAAGCUGCGCGCUGAAAAGGCGCAAGAGCAGGCGACCUUCCAAGGCCUCUUCGAGAAGAGCCCUGGCUUCGCUUCGGAGGGGCGGAAGGAGGAUCCGUCGCGGCUCUCGAAACGAGACCUUGACGACAUCUACUUCCAUGACGGCAAGGAGAACCCCUACGAAACCGCUGAGCGGCCACAGGACCUGGUGCCCGAGUUCCUCAGCAGCGGGCGCCUGGAAGAUGCCGCCCAGGCGCUGGAGGCGGCCAUGGGACAAAGCGCCCAAGAAGAGAACUGGUUGGCACAUUUGACCUACGCUUUGGAGUAUGGUGCGUUGCUGAUGGAUCUUAACAUCGACCGCCUUGCGCUUCGGUGUUUCAACACGGCCCUGGAGCGACCGGCAAAGGACGAGGAGGAGGAAGUGGCUUUGGCCCCGGUCAGGCAGCACGCGCUGCUGCUGAAGGCCAUUUGUCUGCUGAACGAGGCCGCGGACGCGCAGGCUGAGAUUACGGAAUGCCUGGAGAAGUGGGUAGUGGCAGCCCAUGGAGGCUCUGAUCUCGAGCUGAAAGAGCGAUUGCUUCAGCUGCAAGAGCAGAGCGCGGACGCCGCGGUGGCUGUGGGCUUGCUCUACCUGCUGGAGGCCAAGGCGGAGGUGGUCCCGUGCUUUGCGGGCGCCCUGCUGGCCGAGCAGGGGUACUUUGGGCAGCGCCCCAGCACCAGGUGGAACAUGCUCGGUGCAGUGCUGUCGAUGACGGGCAAGCCCGAGCUCGCAGUACGGGCUUACCGCCAGGCCCUUCAGUGCCAGCCGCACUAUCCGAGAGCCUUGAUUAACAUGUCCGCGUCCCAGCUGAAAUGCGGCGACUUCCUGGAGGCCUGCAGCUCCCAGGCGCAGGCGCUGAAGGUGCUGCCCUUUUGGGCGGCCGAGGAGACCUGGACCUCCCUGGAGAAGGAAGUGAUGGCGCAGUCGACCGUCGACGACUUGGCGGAAGCGGUGAAGGGACGGCACAUUGCCAAGGCGCGGGAGUUGCUGGAGCCCUAUGCCCAGGAUCUGCAGAACUCAGAUCUGCCGUCGGAGCCCCGACAGGCACUAAAAGAGAUGGAGCUCAUCAAAUGA